AUGUGCUCCGUGCCAGUCUACUACUACUUUGUUAGUGUUCCCUCCAAAAAGAAGAACGUUUGAGUCUUUUUUGAGUUUGGAGGUUUUUUUUAGCUUUGGAAUAUUGCCAAGAUUUUUCUUCUAUUUUUGUCCUUUUUGAAUAGUACACAUGCCAAAGUACAUCUUGCUGUUUGUGUUGUUCGUAAGUUGAGGGGGGAGGGUUUGUUUUUUCCUUGUUAGUGUUUUUUUGUUUUGUCUUGUGCUGUUUUGAUGUACACAGGUACUUUUUAAUUCCGUUUUUUUUGUUGAUAUGACGUUGCGGUUCCUCGUUUUUUUUGCAUUUGAAAAAUUCUUUCUAGAGUUUGGAGUUUGUGAAUUCCCGAAAAAAAGUUCCAAACAUGUUUUUCUUAAAAAAACCAAUUUGUAAUUUUUAGAUUUCAAAAGUGACUUUCUAAACGUUUCUUGAGAACUACGUUUUCUAAAUGCUCAUCCGUGUAAAAAAUACUUCUGUAGGUGAGGCGUCUUCAGAACUAGGGUUUCCUGGGCUCACCUACUUGCUGGAGAAACUUUCAAGGCGCGGCUCCUUGACCUGUCAAAUCUCAUCAGAUUCGAAACCCCUCUUGAACAUAUUUUAGAAAUACUAGAGCCUCCUCAUUUUCUGAUACCCAAUAGUUCAAUGCCCUCCUCCUCCACCUCCUCUCCUUCUUUAAUUUCCUUCUGUCCUUGCUUGCACUUCCAUAUUUCGUCGCUUUUUGUAUUUCCAUCGUACUAAAAUGUGUAUAAAAAUUUUCAGUCAGUCUUAUAUUUUGUUUGUUGUUAUCUCUUGCUUCAAAUUCCAUUUCCUUCUAUUUUUUUCUUAUUUUUUCUCCUACUCAUUCUUAUUAUUAUUAUUAUUGUUGUUGUUUAUUAGUUUUCCGUUUUUUAUGCUCUUUUUCUGCUUAUUCAAGACCGAAGAAAUGAUGUCAAACACGCGAUUCGAUUCACUUCCUUUUUUGAUAAAUUGACUAAUCGGGGGAGGACAGCUGAACAAAUUUAAUUUAUUUUUAAACUAACUAGGCUGUUUUGGACUUGAUCUAACUAUAUUGUUUUCGAGGUUUUGAGCUUUGAUGAGACAGAAAAUUGCACCUCAAUUGAAACAUCAGCGCUUUAAAAAUGUUCAAAAACCACCUUAUCCUCUCCCUUUUUGUCCUCUUAAUUUGAUUCAUUUUCCCAUAAUUUUUGAUCCUCAGAACUACAAAUCUACCAACCAACCAAAAACCUUCUCGGAACAAUCAGACUUUCCCUUGAACUUUUUCUUGAUCUUUGCAAUCACAUAAAAUGGGCGGAGUCACAACAAACAACUAGACACAGUGGGCGGAGUCUCAAAUAAAUAGCAGUGUCUUUUCCCUAUAUCAGUCUCAAAAUUUUUUGAGUGCACAUUUUGUCGUUUUUUUUCUUUCUUCUUCAUUCCGUGUUCGUCUUCACUUCUGAAACAAGUUCUGAAAUUUCAGAAACAAUACAAAAAUGUUCGUCGUAUCCAAAUCUGACUUUGGAACUUCAUCUCCAUCAUGCGGUCGUUUUGCCGCUUCUUCAUCUUGCCAAUCCGAAUAUAACGGAAAAAUCGAGUCGGUCAGUAUGACUGGCAAAAAAUCCAUUGCUGGACUUAAAGGAGCAUUGCGCAGAAACUCAUCGAACCUAUCACAAGAUUUGACACAAUUCGAAAUCUGCAAAGCCGAUGCCACACAGGUAAGAAUUUUUUUUUGAAUUAGAAAUCUGACAGAAAUUGUUUGGUUUAGAUUGAAAUCGACUGUCGAUCUCAAGUCAAUCGCUCAUUCAUCGUUCGCGUCGAAACUCCAACAAUGGAAGUCGGAACGAUGCAUUUCUCUGCCGCUGGAACUACUCACAUGUUCACACCAAACAAGGGUGGAUGUGGACACGGUGUUUGGCGAUUCAGUGUUUAUACCGUCGAGGAUGGACAGUGAGUUUUUUUAUUGGGCAUGGGUUAGUUUCUCGAAAAAAAUUUGAUGGUGAGGAGAAAAAUUGUGUGAACAACCAGUCCUUAUUUGCAUUUUUGUUCUCCUCGCCCACAUUUUUUCUCUACACAUAUAUAGAACCAGUACUUCUUGGCUGAAUCAUUAUUAUAAACAUAUAUGAAAUAGACCACAUAGAACAGAAUUUUUUGUUUAUUUUCAAACAAGAAAAAAAACAGGUGACACCUUAUCGUCCUAUGAAUGUUUUCUGAACCUGAACUCACUCAAAGAUCUUUAAAACAAAUAUUUUCUUUUUCCAGUGAAACAGUCCACAGUGAAAAAACAAUGAAUCUCGAUGGUGUUGGCAUUUUAUUCUUCCGCAUCAUUGACGACUUGGAAAUUUGCCUCGAACGUCAAGAAUUCCUCCACAUUGCUCAUUGUCACACCAGAAAACAUUAA